AUGUCUCUUCGUGACGAUAUCUUGGCAUUGACGGCGACUCUCAGUCGGCUCUCCCGCGCUCGUGAUACGGCCACUGCAAGUGAUUGCACCGAAACCCGCGUAGACGAUACCAUUUCCGCUGUUUCUGUAGCUGCGGAGGAUGACGAAACAAGAGACAAUACCGCACCGUCUCUCAUGUGCAUGCCAGUCCCGCGCUCCGGGGGCCGCAAGAUGGAGGAGGACACCUUUACAAUUUUACCUAAUAGUCGUGAUACCACAGCGCUGCCUCGUGGGGAGGCUACGGCUGACAGAUGUUGUGCUUCCAAUGACAACGCGCGAAGCAAAAGGCUCUCCACUCCGUCAGGUCAGGAGGUUGCCGUCUCACAGCGUCCGCCACUGGCGCCUACCGAGGGUGUUACUUGGAAUCACAGUCACGGAAGGAGUAGUAUUGCGGAUGACGAAACAAAUUCAUGCAUUGAUCCCGUGUCGUCAGAGAGUUGUGGUGUGUCGACAGAGCCGUCGGGUGCUGAGCCAAGCCCCUGCCAGGUCGAGGAGGCUUAUAAGAGGAUAGCACGUAGACUCCUCUCCGAGAUUCAACGACUAGAUUUGUGCAUCGCAACCGUGUCGGCGCGCCACGUGGACGAGCGCAAGGAGUUUCUGCACACUCAGCGCGAGCUUAAGGAGCGGUUGGUUGAGCGGGAUGCACUUAUUGGCACACUACAACAUCAGUUAAAACUAGCAGAGAGCUCCGAAAGCACGGUAAGGUGCCGCUGUUGCUUUGGUAGAGCUAAUUGUGCACCCGUGCAGUCACGCGCGACAGCCACGGUUUCCACUGAGCGUUUUACGUCGAGGAGCCGGAGUGACAGCGGCGUUCCAACGACAGCGGCUCCCAUUUGUCACCAGGGUCUCGACAUUGCUACCAACACGCAAGGGACGGAUGAAGCCAAAGGGCCGCGGGGGCGCAGUAACCAACACCAUCCCGCCACAGAGGAGGUGGAUACCUACGCGACGCGAGCAUCUUCCCUCGCCGGUUUAGCGUGUCAUGAGAAUGUCACCGCAGUUAUCCCGAAGACGGCAAUAGCUGCGGGAACAUCUGAGGGGCCAGUCCCAGUCACCACGUCCGGUUGUGCGCGUGCACGAGCGAGCUCAUUAUCACGAAGCGAGGGGAGGGACGGUUCCGAUGAUCCCGCGGUGAGGGGGACAGUCACCAAUUCUGUAACGGUUCCGACGGACAGGGCGCCGUCACCCCAUGCUUCUUUUCCAACUGACUGUUGUCCACGUGUAUCUCAGGCAAGUUACAGGGUUGGCGUGGCUGCCGCCGUUGGCGGUCGAGCGAAAGGGCUGCGUCGGACACCGAAGACUACGCCACUCCGCCGGAGGAGGCAACAUGUUCUUGAAUGUAGCGGCGACACGGCUUGGCGAGGGUCGCUCCAUUGCCGUACGUGUCGAGAGGAUGUCCUUCCCACAGCACCAGAGGUGCAGCAGGGCACGUUGACGGGCAGCUCUGCGAAUCCACUCCCUUCUUCUUUCCCUUCACCGUUCGUUUCCACUGCAACUACUGGGGCGAGGUUCAACCAUGGGGUGCCAAAUCGAGCUUUUAGUCAGUCACCGUCUCAUCGGAAGAAAAGGCGAUCUUCGAAUCGAGUGCGUUGUCCGGUGGCUGCCAGCGGGGAUGAAUUGUUACGCGGACUCAUCGCGAAGAGCGCCUUUCUGGAAGCGGGACUUCGGGGUGUGAUGGAGCGGUUGGAUGAGCAACAAGGUGAGCUUCACGACGUGACAUGCCUGCUUCACAAGCUGGUGCUAUCGAGCAUGCAUGGGAGUGCAUAG